AUGGCAACAUUGACCUUGGAGAAUCUGCCUUCCCUCGUUUCCCUUGUUCUUUUCUUUCUGUUACAUUUUUCGCUUCAUGUUGCUUCAGACUCUGCUGAAGAAGCAAAUGCUCUUCUCAAAUGGGCAGCCAGUCUUCAAAACCAGGAGCAUUUCAACCUAUCUUCAUGGCCUUUACUUCCAACAAAUGCCACCAAUUCCAAACCAAAAACAAGCCCGUGCACUUGGCUUGGAAUUUAUUGCAACCGUGGAGAAAGGGUCUUUCGAUUAAACUUGACAAAUGCAGGUUUAAACGGUACGCUUCACAACCUUUCUUUCUCAUCCUUUCCUGAUCUUGAGUUUAUUGAUUUCAGCUCCAAUGAACUUUUUGGUACGAUCCCACUUGAAAUCACUCAGCUUUCCAAACUCAGAUAUCUUGAUUUAUCAAAUAAUCAGUUAUCAGGGAUAAUCCCGUCAGGGAUUGGCCUCCUAACAAAUCUUGAAACCCUGCACUUAGGUGAAAAUGAACUAAAUGGUUCAAUUCCUGAAGAAAUAGGUCAGUUAAGUUCCCUUAUUGAGCUUUUCUUGUAUAGCAACUAUCUAGACGGUCAUAUUCCUGUUUCACUAUGCAAUUUGACCAAGAUGGUUGCAUUAAGCCUCUAUGAUAAUCAAUUUUCUGGUACUAUUCCUUUGAAAAUGGGAGACCUUGCCAAUUUGGUUGAACUUUUCAUGGAUUCCAAUAGCUUUGAAGGUCCUAUCCCUUUCACUUUUGGAAACUUGACAAAGCUAACUUAUUUGUUCAUGUAUCAAAAUCAACUUUCUGGUUCUAUUCCCCCAGAAAUUGGAAACCUGAAGUCUCUCAACUGGUUAAGCCUUUUUGGAAACAAUCUUUCUGGCCCAAUUCCAAGGUCACUGGGUGGUCUGUCAAACCUCACCCUUCUUCAUCUUUACAAAAAUCAACUCUCCGGCUCCAUUCCUGAAGAGUUAGGAAACUUAACUUCUAUUUCUGAUCUAGAAUUGGGUGAGAAUCAACUUAAUGGUUCUAUUCCUUCUUCCUUGGGUAAUUUGAGCAAGUUACAAUGGUUAAAUCUCCGUGCUAACCAACUUAGUGGUUCUAUUCCUGCUUCCAUGGGAAAUUUGAGCGAGUUACAACAUUUAAAACUCGGUAGCAACCAACUUAGUGGUUCUAUUCCUGCUUCUUUGAGUAAUCUGAAGACCUUAGAAUUCUUAACAGUCUAUGACAACCACUUAACUGGCCCCAUUUCCUUGGGUAAUCUGAGCAACUUGUUGAUUUUGGAACUCUCUAGCAAUCGGUUUACUUCUUUUUUGCCUCAUAAUAAUUGCAUAAGCGAAUCACUUCAUGUUUUGGAUGCAACAGACAAUAAUUUGAGAGGUCCAAUCCCAGAAAGCUUGAGAAAUUGCACGAGCUUACUUGGUAUUUCUCUUGGUAGUAACCAACUCGACGGAAACCCAUUUGAGGACUUCGUUGUCAACUCAAAGUUACUACGCAUGGAUCUAAGUCACAACAAAUUUUCUGGUCAGAUCUCAAGCAUUUGGAAAUGGAGGUCACAAAUAGAGGCCAUACGUGUUGCAGGAAACGAUAUUACUGGCAUGAUACCACCUGAGAUUGGAAACUUUAAGCAACUACGUGAACUUGAUCUUUCUUCAAAUCAUAUAUCUGGGAAGAUUCCGAAUGAACUUGGAGAGUUAACGCCUUUGCUGAAGCUGGCUUUGAAUCAAAAUCAACUUUCUGGAGCUAUACCUUCAGAACUUGGAUCUCUGACCAAUCUUGAGUACAUGGACUUGUCCACAAACAGAUUAAGCGAGUCAAUUCCAGAAGAUAUUGGUGACUUGGUGAAACUACACUACUUGAAUUUGAGCCACAACAAGUUGAACAAAGCAAUUCCAAAGCAGCUGGGUGAGUUGGUUCACCUCUCGCAGCUAGAUUUGGGUCAUAACUUGCUGACAGGAAAUAUUCCUAUAGAUUUCGCGAAACUUGAGAGCUUGGAGGAACUGUUUAUCUCUCAUUAUAAUCUCUCUGGUUUCAUCCCCAACGCUUUUGAAGAAAUGCAUGGUUUGUGGAAUAUCGAUAUAUCCUACAACCACUUUCAGGGUCCAAUUCCCAAUAGCAAAGCUUUUCAACAUGCUUCUAUAGAAGCUCUGCGUGGUAACAAAGGAUUGUGCGGCAAUUUUAGCGGCUUGGACCCUUGCUCGGGGCAAAAACAAGUCUCGAAGAAGGGCACUCAAAUUAUGCUUAUAAUUUUACUCCCUGUUUCAGUAACAGGUGCUCUUUUAUGUAUGUUGGUUGUUCUGUUCUUCAGGUUCCAAGCAAGGAAGAGAGGUUCAAAGAGAGAAGUUGAAAUGAAUAGUGAAGGGUUGCUUGCCACAUCAAUUUUUGAUGGAAAAACAUUGUACAAGGAAAUCGUACAAGCAACCAAGAAUUUUCAUGAUAUGCACUGCAUUGGAGAGGGUGGAUUUGGAAAGGUCUAUAAAGCUGAGUUGCCAUCAGGAAAUACUUUAGCUGUGAAGAAAUUCCAUUCACUGAAUCAAGGUGAGACAGCAGAUCAGAAGGAGUUUCUGAAUGAGAUAAGAGCAUUAACAGAGAUAAGACAUCGAAAUAUCGUGAAGUUCUACGGCUUUUGCUCCCAUCUAAGACACUCGUUUUUGGUCUAUGAGUACCUGCAGAUGGGCAAUCUGGACAAUGUGCUAAGUAAUAAUGAAGCCGCAAGAGAAUUGGAUUGGAAUAAAAGGUUGAAUGUCAUAAAAGGUGUGGCAAAUGCCUUGUCAUACAUGCACCAUGAAUGCUUGCCACCAAUUAUUCACAGAGACAUAUCAAGCAAGAAUGUUCUGCUGGAUUCAGAAUUUGAAGCUCAUGUUUCAGACUUCGGCAUAGCCAAGCUUCUGAACCUAGACUCUUCCAAUCAGUCUGUGCUAGCAGGCACAUAUGGAUAUAUAGCACCAGAGCUUGCCUACACAAUGAAGGUGACUGAAAAAUGCGAUGUCUAUAGCUUUGGAGUGUUGGCGUUGGAAAUCAUCAAUGGAAAGCAUCCAAGUGAUUUAAUCUCUAGAAUUUCAUCACAAUGUGCAGACACUGAGGUAGAGAUGAACAAUAUGUUGGACCAAAGGUUAUCUCCUCCGACACAUGAAGUUGAAGACAAAUUGGCGUUCACGGUGACUCUGGCAUUCUCAUGCAUACGUAUGAACCCACAGUCCCGGCCGGCUAUGCAGUUUGUUUCUCAGCUCUUGUCAAACUAACUUUAUUUUUCAGAGCCGUCACUACCAUGUACUAUGCUAGCUGAAGCGCAAUUGCUGGGCAGCUGCUAUCUAAUUCCUCCACUUCAUCGCAAUGCACUUAUUUUCAUAGAGAAUAAUUAGCAACAGCUAAACCAAUUAAAAUUUAAGAAAUUAUGUUUUUAGUAGGACCUCCAUAUUUUUUGGUGGGAUACACAGUGAUUUUUAGUAAUGUGUUAAUUGAG